CACGUGACCAAAUAAGCGUCACUCGGUUCAAAGUUGAAAGUCAAAACUGCACUGCAUUGACAGUAUGGCGGUGCUCGGGGGGAACAGAAUGGUCCUGCAAGCAUUACGCUUUCAAACGGGGGAUUUAAGAUAUUUUCGUAGAGCAGGGGCUUACGCAAACUCAUUUCAUGUUGCUGUUCCGGCUAAUGCAUCGGUCGGCCGGGGAUCCACACGUCAGUACAGCGCCGAAGCAAAAGAUGAGCUGCGUGUUAAAUAUUUAGAUGGAGACGAUUCAGGUAUUGUUGUUUUUGGAAUCAACAGACCGAAAUCCAAAAAUGCUAUUAGUAGAAACCUCGUGAAACUGUUGUCCGAGGCUGUGGAUGAUGUUAAAAAGAAUAAUAAAGUGCGAAGUGUCAUCAUAUGCAGUUUAGUCCCUGGAAUAUUCUGUGCAGGUGCAGACCUCAAAGAAAGGGCAAAAAUGCAUCAAAGUGAAGUCGGGCCGUUUGUGUCCAAGGCAAGAGCACUGAUAACAGAACUUGGCAAUCUGCCAAUGCCAACCAUUGCGGCAAUCGAUGGAGCUGCAUUGGGCGGGGGUUUGGAGAUGGCUCUGUCUUGUGACAUCAGAGUUUCAUCUAAUAAUGCAAAAAUGGGUCUAGUGGAGGCCAAACUUGCCAUCAUUCCUGGCGCAGGUGGUACGCAGCGUCUGCCCAGGUGCAUCGGCGUGUCCCUCGCCAAGGAGCUCAUCUUCGCGGCCCGCGUGGUGGACGGGCUGGAGGCCUGCCGCCUGGGCCUGGUCAACCACUCUGUGGAGCAGAACCCCAGUGGGGACUCGGCCUACCUGCGGGCCCUCGCGCUGGCCCGGGAGUUCAACCCUCAGGGGCCGAUUGCAAUAAGAAUGGCAAAGUUGGCCAUUAACCAGGGAAUAGAGGUGGAUUUAUCUACAGGACUGGCCAUUGAAGAGGCAUGCUAUUCCCAGGUGAUCCCAACAAAAGACAGACUGGAAGGUCUGGCUGCCUUCAGGGAGAAGCGAAUUCCCAACUUCAAGGGGGAAUAAACCCGACAUAGCCUUCAACACUGUCCAACCGUCCCUCGACUGCUUCUGUGAUGGUUUAUAGACACAUGUUCAGUGCAGUCUACUAAUGCAAAUGUGAAUACGAUUAUCAAGUUUGUUCUGAAUCAACGAUCUAGGGAGUACCCUUAACAAGCCUCAGGCUGGGGGUUUGACAUGCAUAUUUUUUAUUAAACUUAUUGUGGGAACCACAGUAACGGUUGCUGAAAAUCAAUAUGGUGAUCAAUCAUCUGGUGAUAUGUUGCAUAAAUAAUGAAGACUACACGCAGCCAAAUUGGGGCAAAUUAAAUAUUUGGAAACCUCUAUUAGAUACAGUUUAUGAUGAUAUUCUUUCCAAUUGCAUCGGACACGUAUAUAGCCAAGUGUGAAAUCAGUUAACAUAUUCAGUAGAACUAGAAGUCUAAUCUUUUUCUUCAUAUUUAAUUUGGGUUUCCAAAAAAACUCUUCAACUAAUAAUUCAUGAAUGUAAUGCACCAUCAGUUAGAAAAUUUACCAACGACCGUUAGUAAAUAAAGACAUCAUCUAUAUGAAAUAGUAUUGCUGCCCCAUUUGUCUCAGCAUUUUUUACUAAAAUUUGAACUCAUUUGAAACAAAUUUAGAUAUCAUACAUGCCAUGUAAUUCCAGGCAAUCAGAUCAGUUUGAGGGGCCCCAUUUGACCACUGCUUGUUUACCAUCUUGAGGUCACACGUGUCCGAACGGCUGGCAGGAGGUAACUGAUGGACUGCAUAAAAUGAUAGGUGCGAGUCAUCUGUCAAUCUCUGUGGACACACCGAUGUGUGAUGCCACAAUAGGACAGUUUGGAACCUCUUGCAUUGCUACUGGACAUGACACCUGGUGGUAAAAUGGGGCCCACUUCGAAGUCAACGCUCACGUUAUGGCUGAUACAGUAAACGGCAUGUACCUGUAUUCUGCAUCCUACCCAAUAACCAAAAUCAUAUGGGUGACUUUGUUAUUUCCAAUAAUGUAUAUUAAAUAUAUUAGAAUGUAAA